GAUCACCUACCGUAAGUGAGGGCUUUUGUUCUUACUCCCUUCCCAAGCAGCGUGAGGUUGCAUCAGCAGCUGGGUGGCUGGCUGCCUGACCCUUCAGCGGAUGGACUCAGGGAAGGGAAGCCUUCGUCGGGUGCAUCCUCCUCCCCUCAGAGUUACUGGACUCAACUCCCUACAUCCACAGCCUCCUUUAAAGCUGACUAUAAUUCAAAGGCUAGCAAAGGGAGGACCACUUUGAGUUGAUCUGACACACAGUGGGAGCUGGCAGCAGGAAGUGAACUCCACAGCUAAAGUGGCAAGCUCAGGAAAAUGCAAAAUUAGUGCCCUCCGUGGAAGAAGGGGAAAAGAAGUCAACUUCAAGCAGAUUGACCCGCAUCGUGAUCUCAUUUGGGAAGCUUAAGUGUCCAGUAAACUGCAUCAUUCUUUUUUUUUUAAUUUGGAAAAUACUCAAGUUCCAGUGGCUUAUCAUCCUGUUACUUUCUGCAAGCCUGGCAAUCCCAUGUGGACUUCGGGUAGAAUGAGCAAUGCAAAGAGCUGGCUGGGACUUGGCAUGUCCUUGUGCUUCUGGGGACUGAUGGGCCUGACGACCACCGUGCUCUCAGGGACACCAACACUGCCCAGUGAAUUAGAAGUGCUGCCGUCAGAUAGGCCACAGUCACACUCACGGACAAAGAGGAGCUGGGUUUGGAACCAGUUUUUUGUCCUGGAAGAAUAUACGGGAACUGACCCUUUGUAUGUCGGCAAGCUUCAUUCAGACAUGGAUAGGGGGGACGGAUCCAUCAAAUACAUCCUCUCAGGAGAAGGCGCAGGCAUCGUGUUUACCAUUGACGACACCACAGGAGACAUCCACGCCAUUCAGAGGCUCGAUCGAGAGGAAAGGGCGCAGUACACUCUGAGGGCACAAGCCCUGGACAGGCGGACAGGCAGGCCGAUGGAGCCGGAGUCGGAAUUCAUCAUCAAGAUCCAAGACAUCAACGACAAUGAGCCCAGGUUCCUGGAUGGCCCUUACGUCGCCACAGUGCCAGAAAUGUCGCCAGUGGGGACCUCUGUUAUCCAGGUGACAGCCACAGAUGCCGAUGAUCCAACCUACGGCAGCAGUGCCCGGGUUGUAUACAGCAUUCUCCAGGGCCAGCCGUAUUUCUCUGUGGAUUCCAAAACAGGUGUUCUUAGGACGGCACUCAUGAACAUGGACCGAGAAGCCAAAGAGUACUAUGAAGUGAUUAUCCAAGCCAAGGACAUGGGAGGGCAGCUUGGAGGAUUAGCUGGGACCACAACGGUCAACAUCACCCUCUCGGACGUCAAUGAUAACCCACCCCGCUUUCCCCAGAAACACUACCAGAUGAGCGUGCUGGAAUCGGCCCCGGUGAGCUCCACUGUGGGCAGGGUGUUUGCCAAGGACUUGGACGAGGGAACCAACGCGGAGAUGAAGUACACCAUCGUGGACGGGGAUGGUGCUGAUGCCUUUGACAUCAACACAGAUCCCAAUUUCCAAGUCGGCAUCAUAACUGUGAAGAAGCCUUUGAGUUUUGAAAGCAAGAAAAGCUACACCUUAAAAGUGGAAGGAGCCAAUCCGCACCUAGAGGUGCGAUUUCUGAACCUGGGCCCGUUUCAGGACACAACAACAGUGCACAUCAGCGUGGAGGAUGUGGAUGAGCCCCCUGUAUUUGAACCUGGCUUUUAUUUUGUGGAGGUUCCUGAGGAUGUGGCAAUUGGAACGACCAUACAGAUCAUUUCUGCCAAGGAUCCAGACGUGACCAACAACUCAAUCAGAUACUCCAUUGACAGAAGCAGUGACCCUGGAAGAUUCUUCUAUGUUGACAUCACAACAGGUGCCCUAAUGACUGCAAGACCCCUUGACCGGGAAGAGUUUUCUUGGCAUAAUAUCACUGUCCUUGCUAUGGAAAUGAACAACCCUUCCCAGGUUGGAAGUGUUUCUGUCACAAUCAAAGUCUUAGAUGUGAAUGACAAUGCUCCAGAAUUCCCCAGAUUCUAUGAAGCUUUUGUCUGUGAGAAUGCCAAAGCAGGGCAGCUGAUCCAGACAGUGAGUGCAGUGGACCAAGACGACCCACGCAGCGGUCAGCACUUCUACUACAGCCUGGCUCCCGAGGCUGCCAGCAACCCCAACUUCACCGUAAGGGACAACCAAGAUAACACUGCCCGGAUUCUAACCAGGAAGGCUGGCUUCCGGCAGCAGGAGCAGAGCGUCUUUCACCUGCCCAUCCUGAUAUCGGACAACGGUCAGCCAGUGCUGAGCAGCACGGGCACACUGACCAUCCAGGUGUGCAGCUGUGACGACGGCGGCCACGUACUGUCCUGCAGCCCUGAGGCCUACCUGCUCCCCGUCAGCCUGAGCCGGGGGGCCCUCAUCGCCAUCCUGGCCUGCGUCUUUGUCCUUUUAGUGCUCGUGCUGCUCAUUCUGUCCAUGAGGCGGCACCGGAAACAGCCGUACAUCAUCGACGACGAGGAGAACAUUCACGAGAACAUCGUCCGCUACGACGACGAGGGCGGCGGCGAGGAGGACACCGAGGCCUUUGACAUCGCGGCCAUGUGGAACCCCCGCGAGGCGCAGGCGGGAGGCGCCCCGAAGACGCGGCAGGACAUGCUGCCCGAGAUUGAAAGCCUCUCCCGCUACGUGCCUCAAACGUGUGCCGUCAGCAGCACCGUCCACAGCUACGUGCUAGCCAAGCUCUAUGAGGCCGACAUGGACCUGUGGGCGCCACCCUUCGACUCCCUGCAGACGUACAUGUUCGAGGGAGACGGCUCGGUGGCCGGAUCGCUGAGCUCCCUGCAGUCGGCCACGUCAGACUCAGAGCAGAGCUUCGACUUCCUGACGGACUGGGGGCCCCGCUUCCGGAAGCUGGCCGAGCUCUACGGGGCGUCGGAGGGGCCUGCGCCCCUGUGGUGACGGAAGCCGGGAGGCAGGCGUGUGUCCAAACCCAGACGUCCUGGGCGCAGGCUUCGCGGACGAGGCGCAGCCAAUCACGUGAGCAAUACCGCGCUGGAGAACGAGGAGGGGCAGAGCGGACGCAGAGAGCUCCCACUGGAUCAGCUUUACUUGGUUAGAUUAUAGUAGGUAAGAAAAAAAACACAGGAAGAGGGGGCAGAAACUCCAAUUACCUCUUUUUCUUUUUAAUGUUUGUGACACCGUAUUCAAAGGCUUGGGAUCCAAGGUUAAUUUAUGGCAAGUUUGGCCUUUCUUUGCCAUUCACCAAGUCCUUUGUCACUUUACCAUCGCAAAGAGGCGUGGUCUUAAGUACGGGCGUGGCGAUUGACAGUUCGACUCACAUCCUUUUCUGUUUGUUUAAUCUUAACUUUGUUUUACAUUUAGUAAGAGUUUUCUGGCCCAUCAAGUCACACAAACCAACCCACACAAAAUUAAAAUGAUGAAAAUUUGUUAACUCGGGGAGAUUAACCUACUUGUUCUGGGAUGGAUGGCAUUUGUUUUAACCCUUUUGAGACGAGGUUAAGGCGAACAGGCCUUGCAUGGGGGAUGGGUGGGGAAUGGGAGAAAGAAGAGGCAUUAACUGUGCCCAAGUUUAAUGGCCGAACCAAGAGUUGGCGUUACAAAGAAUCCAGCUCCGUCAAGUUAGAGUGCGCCUGUCCUCUCAGCUCUUACUGUACCCCUGCAAAACUGUUCAGAACGAAACCAGAAAAUCUGCCUCUUCUGCACUGUAGAUGUCUCUUCCAUGUGCCAAAUGUGAAGAUUAGAUGCUAUAAAUGAAAGCCAAAUAAAAAGAAGUAUCUGAUAAAAGCAUGGGUUAGAGGGCUUUCCUAAUCUGUGUGAGGUCAAUCCAAGGGAUGUUUACAUACUGUAGAUAACCUACUUGAACAAAAAUCAGUAUUAUAGAGAAUAAAUGGAUGUAAGAAAAUUACAUGUAUAAGUUUUGUAUAUUUGUUAAUAAUUUUGGUAAUAAAUAUGUACUGCAUCUCAGUACCUUAGCACUUCUUUUAAUAAAAGUUAAAUAGAAGGGGAAGUCUACUGCACAUUUGUUUAACUGCCAAGCAGGUAAAAGAUGGCUUUGUGGUCCUGACUUAGCCUCAGGUUCUUGGG